AAUCUCUCUCUCUCUAUAAUAAAGUUCAAAGCUUCUGCAUAUUUCAUCUCUUGCCCGUGAGAAAACAACAAAGAAAGGGUUUAUUCACACUAUCUUUCUUUAUCAACUGGCUUCCCCGUAAACAAGGGUUUUAAAAAGGGAAUCUACAACAUAUAUUACUGAAGAAAUAAAAUUUCGGAAAUUUAUAUAACAGAGAUUUCAUAAGUUUCUUCCAAAAUGUUGAACGGAUUGAUGAAGAGCAAGUUCUACAUGAAAUGCAAACCGGCGAUUAAACUGACGAAAACUCGAAUUGAGAUUAUAAUGAAGAAGAGGAACUCGAUGCAGAAAUAUUUGAUGGGUGAUAUAGCAGAUCUUCUAAAGAAUCGUCUCGAUGCCAAGGCUUACGAAAGGGCUGAAGGUUUUUAUGCUGAGACGAAUCUGUCAGCCUGUUAUACAUUUGUGGAAAAAUCGUGCGAUUUUGUCAAUGAAUCUCUUUCAGCUAUGGAUAAACAAGGAGAUUGUCCAGAGGAAUGCAAAGAAGCUGUAUCUUCUUUAAUAUUUGCAGCAGCAAGAUUUGCAGAUCUGCCUGAGUUACGCGAUCUUAGAACCACUUUCGUUGGAAGAUAUGGGAAUUCUCUCGAUGCAAAUUGCAGUAAAGAGUUUGUGGAGAAGCUUAAAGCAAGAACUCCUACAGAAGAUAUGAAGAUUCAAAUCUUGAAAGACAUAGCUCUUGAAUACUCCAUUGAAUGGCCUUCCAAGCCUUUGGAACGUAAGCUGCCGAUUAAUCAUCUUCCAUCUCAACAGGAUCAUCGUGUAAAGAACACCAUGGAUGUGGGCAAGAGCAAUAAUAAUGACAUGGAUGAAGCCAUCUUAGCUAGAAGAAGGAGAAGGAAGGAAAUAGAUGAGAAAAACCGAGAAACAAAAGGUACCCUUGUGGAAAGAAAACCAUUGAAACCUCCACAUGGUCACCAGAAAGUGGAGGAUCAUUUGAAAAGAGCUAAUAAUGCAGCAAUUGAGAAGACUGAAUUACCAAAACCAUUGAAGCUUCCACUUCCACUUCCACCUGGUCGUCAACAUGCGAGAGGGAUUGUUGUUAAAGGUGAAACGAGUUUGAGUAGAAAAGCUGAUAAAGAAGAGGAAGAAGAGCAAAUCUCGAGAAAUAAUAAGAGUAAGGAGAAGGAAGAAGACGAAAUGACGAUGGAUAGAUUGCUGAUGCAUUACAGCAAAAAACAGUCUCCUUAUAAACAGAGAGAAGUGGAAGAAUCUCUGAAGCAUCAUCAUCCGGUUGAUCGUGUUGAGAAGGGAGGCGGCGACAGAGAGUCAAGGCGGCGGAAGAAGAACCGAGAUGAUACAAGACAUGCAAGAGGGAUUUCUCUACCGCCACAGCAGCCAAUGAGUUCAGAAAGGGAAGGAGUAAAGAUCAGUAAGCAAAGAAUGUUGAGUUUGAGCCCUACAGGAAAUGUGCAUCCUAAUUUACCUGAUUAUGAUGAUUUUAUUGCAAGGUUUGCUGCAUUUAAAGGAAAUUGAAUACAAAAAUAAACAAAAUAUUCAUUCUCUUCAUUA